GUAAUUUCGCAGAAGAUAUAAAUAUCGUCGACGAGGGAAACGCGGCAUGGCUGAGCCGCGCUUGCCUAGACGGCCAACGCUUCUCAACUUAUCCUUGGACAAGUUCGACUUGAAUCUAUACACGUUACCUCGGAGAGGACAGUCAAACCAAGCAAGAGUUGAUGUCGCACCAAAGGGAACUCGUCAGCUUCGUCUUGGAAUGAGCUUCUUUCGUUGCGUUUUGUCAUUCGUUCAUUUUGUCUUCUUCGGAGUUCAACGUAAAGGCGGGCACAGAGGUGAUAUUUUUAGUCCCUUAAACUCCCUCAACAAACACUGUAGGCUACUGCAGUGUUGGUAAGGAUGGCCUUUCAAUCGGCCUUCUUACCAAUAUUGGUCUUGGGACUGAUGACUAGUUUGGUGCGUUGUGCCCCCUUCACUGGCAGGCUGAAUGGCACGGUGGAACGACGCUGGGAGACACUGUACUCGCGGUCCUUGGCUCGGAUCCCUGGGGAGAAAAGAGAGAUAAACCGGGACAGCGACUAUCUUAUGGGCAUUAAACGGCUACGACGCCUUUAUUGCAAUGUAGGAAUUGGGUUUCACAUUCAAGUUUCACCCGAUGGGAGAAUAACAGGGGUGCACAAUGAAAACCGUUACAGUCUCCUUGAGAUAUCUCCAGUAGAGAGAGGAGUUGUGACAAUCUUUGGCGUCCAACGCGGUCUAUUCGUGGCCAUGAACAGCAAAGGGAAGCUGUACGGAUCUGUUCAUUACAACAACGACUGCAAAUUCAAAGAAACUCUCCUGGCAAAUAAUUACAAUGCUUACGAAUCGGUGGCAUACCCGACGAUGUACAUUGGACUAAGCAAGACCGGUAAAACAAAAAGAGGAAACCGAGUGUCACCAGCCAUGACGGUGACGCAUUUCUUGCCAAGAAUCUGAGUCACUCAGAAAUAGACUUAACCUCAAUAAGGUGGGGUGAGGUGGACUCAAAACGAUGCACUUUCAACUGGAGUUUUAUGCAAGGCUAAGUGUAUCAUCCUGUUUAAAUUGUAUGUAUACUGUUUAUUUAUUAUGUCAAACAAUUUUGUAUUUGGGGGAAACAGGUCCUCGCUUCAGGGGGAAUUUCGGAAAUCAACACAUUUAUUUAUGUUUUUAAUUUAUCAGAAGUCUGCUGCUAUUAAGUUUUUGGGUAAGUGAGAUUCCUUUUUUUAACCUUUAUUUAACUAGGCAACUCAGUUAAGAACAAAUUGUUUUUUUCAAUGACGGCCUAGGAACAGUGAGUUAACUGCCUUGUUCAGGGGCAGAACAACAGAUUUGUACCAUGUCAGCUCAGGGAUUCGAUCCAGCAACCUUUCGGUUACUGGCCAAAUGCUCUAACCACUAGGCUACGCUGCUGCCCCUUUGCUCUGUCGCUGUAGAAUAUUUUGUCUAUAAACAGUGCAAAGAAAACAAUAAUUCAACCAAGGGAGGCAGGGUAGCUUAGUGGUUAGAGCGUUGGGCUACUAACCGAAAGGUUGCAAGUUCAAAUCCCCGUGCUGACAAGGUAGAAAUCUGUUGUUCUACCCCUGAACAAUGCAGUUAACCCACUGUUCCAAGGCUGUCAUUGAAAAUAAGAAUUUGUUCUUAACUGACUUGCCUAAGUAAAAAAAGGAUCCUUUUAUAUUAUUUUUCUUCUAUGGAAAUAAGUCUUAGACCGAAGUUCAAACAAGUGAAAUUAUAUCAAAUUAUUGGUUUUAGAAGCAGAAGCAAUUGUCCAAUGGCAGGACUCUUUGUAUGGCUUUGGAGUCUAAUUGAAACAGUAUCAGCUUACUACUGGUUACAGAAAGAGCCACGUUGAAGUCCUACCCUCUCAAAUCUGUUUUUAGCUCUGCCAGGGGGUUGAACUUUGAACUUUUCUGCAGUCAAUCUUUGUCAGAUCUAUAAGACUCUGGAUAGAGAGAGGCAUCUUCUUGACAUUGUAUAAGCAGAGAAUUUGAGAGUUUAAAGGCAAGGUCAGUGUGCUGACACACAAGGCAGAAACCAUAGCCAUGGCUCUUUAACAUACAGCUUUUAUGAUGGGAAGUAAAAAAAUCAAAGUCCUCUGCAGUAUGUAGGAUAUAUGGCUCUCAAAAGGAUUCAUUGAAAUCAUCACAAGUUCAGCAUCAGAGCUCCUCACUGAGUGCAAAAAAAGAAGGCAAGAUAAUGUAAGGAUUGUAAAAGGUUAUGUUUUCCCCCAGUUGGUACACCGAAAAGCUAUACAUAAUUUUUUGGGGAGACAUGUAUUGCCUCCCAUUUCUUCCCAUUGCCCCACUUUCCUUGUUAUCUAUCAUCUACCUCACAUAAUCAACCC